AUGAAUUACGCUGUUUCAUUGUCGCUGCUCACAACUGGUGUCAUUCACUUGUUGCCACUUUCGGGAGCAAUCGGAUCCAAUCAAUUGCAUGCUCUGUAUGGUAUUCCAAUACAGGACCCGAAUUUAAUUAUUUUAAUGCGUCACCGAGCUGUGUUAUUUGGAAUUUUAGGUUCCUAUUUGUGUUAUGCUGCAUUUCAACCACGACAUGUCAAGAGUGCGCUGAUGAUGGGUUUGACAAGCGUCAUUUCGUUUAUGGUGUUAGCGUACAUGUCUUUGGAAGGAUAUAAUAAAGAAAUUGCGAAAGUUUUUAAGGUGGAUGUGGUGGCAUUGGUGAGCUUGGUGGUUGGAACAGUUUUGCAUUACAACCAGAAAUGA